AUGUAAACUCUUGAUUAAAUUGUUGAGGAUCUCUUCAAUAAGUUCACCUUCUAAAAACCGAUUCCUUGUCCAACACCUAUUAAACCAUAGAGGGCAUAUUCAGCCUUCAGAAGAAAACCUUAAAAUCCAUAAUAAAUUUUAUAAUAAGCAACUCAAAUUGUCGAGAGGAAACAGGCUUUGCUCAAUAGCAUUCAAUCAAUGAAACUCUAAAGAAGCUAUACUGUUUGCAAAACUGAAGAAUCAAAUAAACCUGUUAAAUUUGAAAGAUAUCAAAUUUUAUCCAAAUUGGCUGUUGGAGCAUUUGCAACUGUGUUUAAAGCUUAUGACAGAAUGACUGAUUCUUAAGUAAAAAUAACAAAUACAAUAGUUUAGGUAGCUAUCAAAAAGUAUAAUUCUAAUCUAUUAAAAUCAGAAUAAAAAAAACUGUUGUCUAAAGAGACAGAGAUACUGAAAAAGUUAGACCACGAAAACAUAGUUAAAUUUCUUGGGACUUACAAGAAUACAAUAGUCUUAGAAUUUAUUGAUGGACACACUCUGACGAAUUAUUUGAAAAAUUAACCAAAUAGGCGAUUAUAAGAAAAAGAAGCCAAGCAAAUAUAUUCUUAAAUUCGAGAUGGAAUUAAAUAUUUGCACUCAAAAAAUAUCUUUCAUAGAGAUUUAAAAGCAGACAAUAUUAUGAUAAUCAAUUAAUAAGUUAAGCUAAUAGAUUUCGGACUUGCAUCAGAAAAUUAACUCUGCUCAGAUUUUUGUGGUACACCUGCAUAUAUGGCACCAGAAAUAUUUCAAAAAAAACCCUAUGAUGGCAGAAAGGCUGACAUUUGGGCUCUUGGAGUCCUGUUGUAUUAAAUACUUUGUGGAAAAGUACCCUUUCCAGGUAAAAAUGAUGAAGAAAUUAUGUUGGCUUAACUUCCAAAAUUCUCACUUCCUAAAAAAAUUAGUAAAGAAUUUCAAUAUCAGUUAUUACAUCUUUUAGACAAAGAUCAUACUAAAAGAAAACUAUGA